AUGGAAAGUCCGUGCAUUGCAAGAAUAAAGGCCCUUCUCGCGGGAAUAUGCGAAUACUCUCUGAUGAUAAUGCCGCCUCAGGAGAUGGACUUGCACCCUUGCGACUGGCUGGAAAGUGAAAUGAAAAGCGUCAUUUCUGCAUUUGAGAGAGUCCAUGCGGGGGUGGAGGGGCAAGUUCAGGCGAAGAGUGCCCGAAUAGAGGAGAUGGAGGGGAAAAGAAGGGCUCUUCUGGACGCUCUCCGCGAGCCCUCUCAAAAGGUCGGAGGAGGCCCGGAGAGAGACUGUGCCGUCGAUACUUUUUGGAUUACCACGGGGAAUCUGCACGCCCGCGAGUCCAUUCUCUCGAGGGAGCUGGACUCUCUCACGGAGAAAUACGAGGCUCAAAACUCCCUUUUCCUGCAGCUUCUGGAGGAGAUUCAGGAAGUUCGGGCGGGCUUUGGGGAGGACUUUUUGGGGGAGGACUUUCCCGGGGAAGAACUUUCUGCGGGGGAAAUGACGACGAAAGCAGCCAUUUCCAGGGCAGAGCGUGUUUUGGCAGGGCUUAAGGCGCGGGAGAGGGAAAUUCAGGUUUUAACGGAUGAAAAAAUUUUGAAUAUAAAAAAAAUAAUGGGAGAUCUAGGGAUGUCUCCUAAAAUGGAAUUUCCUGAUUUGGAAUCUCUGCAAAUUUUUAUCGAUGAAAUCCUUGCAUUUUCUGAGGAAUUUUCAGGCACUCUCACGGCAUCCCAGGGGGUUCCAGAGGAGAUAAACUAUCGGGCGAGUCUUUCCCUCGCGGAGAUUCACCUGCCGCCUGCAGAGACGAUUCGCUUGAAGGGGGCUUUGGGGGACUUACUUCCGAAGCGAGAAAAUGUACCGGCAUUUCCUAUUCUGGAAAAUAUUUCGUAUUCUUUGGGAAAAUCCCUGGAGGAGAAAUUUUCAAAGACUGCGAAGGCCGUUGAAAGGGCAGCCGCCCUCCUCCAGGCCAGAGCCCAUUUUCUGGCGCUAAGAACAGGAGCUUCUCUGGAGGAGCUUCCAGAGGAGGAAACUCCCGUGAGAAGAGCCGCCGUAUACGGGGCCUGGGUCCGGGAAAUGGAGGCUGCGUACAGGGAGGCGAUAGAAAAAAUUUACGCCUUAAAAAGAUCGGCCCUGAUCCAGGUGCAAGGCCAAGUAGAAGAAAUUUCGGGGAUGCCCUGCGAAAAAUUUGCAGUGCCUGAAAAUAUCAAAAACCUUAAAUUUCCAGAUCAGGAAAACAUCCUGGCAAAAGUAGAAAAAACCGCAGAGUCUCUGGCGCAGGAGCUGGAGAUCCUGAAAAACAUCGAGGCCUUUUCCCAGGAGAGGAAAGAACUUCUCCAGAAAAUGGCGGCCUUUGAGGAGCAGGCCAGCGACCCCAGGAGGCUCUUCAGGAGCUCCUUUCAGCUGAACUCCGAGGAAAAGUUCCGGAAAAUGGCAGUUCCCACGCUCCUGCGGGUUGAAAAGGAGAUUUUUGCGCUAAAUUCGGCGUACCUGGAAAAAUUUUGCAGGAGCGUGUGCAUCUCCGGGAGGGAGGUCGUCUCUGAGCUGAAGGCGGAAAUUUCAGAGCGAAUCAUCAACUCAAACGCCUUCGUGAUAGGCCGGGGAAAGCCCAGGCCCCCGUAA